AUGGCCGCUGGAGACUUGGUCAUGGGAAUCAUCUUCCUGUCCCAGACUGCACUAGGAAUCCUGGGAAACUCCACCUUGUUUUUCUCUUUUAUCCUUGCUGACUUCACUGGGAUCAAGGCAAGGCCCACAGACCUGAUUGUCAAACACCUGACCUGGGCCAACUUCAUAGUUCUUCUCUGUAAAGGAAUCCCUCAGACAAUGGCUACUUUGGGUCAGACACAUUUUCUAGAUAACGUUGCUUGUAAAUUUGUCUUUUAUUUUCAUAGAGUUGCCAGGGGAAUAUCCCUUGGUUCCACAUCCCUGUUGAGCAUCUUUCAGUACAUCAUGAUUAGCCCCAAUAACUCCAAGUGCAGACAGCUCAAAGUCAGAAUCAUCAAGUUCAUUGGUCCCUCCCUGAGCCUGUGCUGGGUCCUGCACCUGAUGGUAAAUGGCUUCAUUCCUGUGGUAAUGACAGACAUGUGGAAUACAAGAAAUCGUACUGGCUUUUCAGAUUUUAUAUACUGCGCAGUGGUAAAACCUAACUAUCUAAUCUACACAUUAUAUGCAGUCCUGUUGGCCUCCACUGAUGUCAUGUGUUUGGGACUCAUGCUGUGGGCCAGUGUUUCCAUGGUGUUUGUCCUGAUCAAACACAAACAAAGGGUCCGACACAUCCAUAGAUCCGUGUCUACUAAAUCAUCCCUUGAAAGCAGAGCCACCCAAACCGUCCUUAUCCUCGUGAGCAGUUUUGUGCUCUUUUACACAACUUCUGCCAUCUUAACAAUGUGUUUGACUUUUGUUAAUGGAACCAGUAAGUGGCUGGUUAGUGCUAGUGUAGCCAUGGCUGCAUGCUUCCCAGCGCUCUGCCCCUUCGUGUUCAUCAGACACUACAUCAGUGUCUUCAGGCUCUGCUGUACUCAUUGA